AUGCCUGCACAAACUGCUGAGAUAGAAAGUAAGAUUAGACUUCGAACAGCCUUAAAUGGUAUUUGCAAACAGGCUGAACUCAUCCUUUUAAUACAUUACUUUCAGAAACUAAAAGAUUACGCCCGAUUUAGACAACAACAAACACAUUUAAAGAGAUGUGCUGUUCUCUUAAAGCAUCAGGAUAUUAAACGAACAGUAACGAGUCAUUUUCUUCGUUGGCUCAGUCAAACACAGCGGCAAACAAGUAUUCGGGCAGGACAACGAGAGUUAACAAAGAUUGCUGUUCUUCCACGGAAUCAAGACUUUAUUAAUUUGGGUAUUAAAUAUUUACGGCGAUGGCGUCUUUGGCUUAGACGAUUACGACAACGCAAGUGUAGAAAUGUGAUACUACUUCUAAACAAAACAAAAGAAAGAAUAACACAUCAGGUGUUUAACGCAUGGGAGUGUUUCCUAUUCAAACGGCAAAGAGAGAGACUGGAGAUAAACGUACAUCAUCUUGAGGAACACAAUAACAAACUCUCGGAUAAAAUACUUCAUUUAGAAGAUAAGGUACAAAAACAGGAAAACACUAUUGAUCAUCUUCAUAAGGAUGCUGAAAAGCUUCGACAGCAGAUAAUAGUUCAACAAGAAGAAAUGGAACAACUCCAUAAGGUAAUAGAAGUAGUUAUUGAAAGACUUGACAAGCCGAAUGGAAAGAAAACAAAUCUUCAAGGACAACAUGCCGCAGAAGAAGCGGCACAUCGUGGUGAUAAUAAACCAUUACAAUUACUAAAUAAUUGUGAAUCUAUAAUAAGAGCACUUGAAAAAUUACGAAAUACACUUCCUCCUGAGAAGCAACGAUUAGAAGGGUUUGAAGCUGUAUUGGAAGCGGCAUGUAUUCACACUGGUGAAAUAGGAAUAUCAGUAAAGGAAUUAGAUAAGGAAUUCUCUGGUACCAAAAAUUUAGCAAUAUUUUUGCGUGAUUUUAUUAAAGAAGGUGCAGAAAAAAUGAUGAUGAUGGCACAUCAUGAAAAUAUGUCUGAACCACCAUCAUUACGGACCACUGUUGAAGGAAUCCAACAUCCUUUAUUUCAUCAGGGUAAUAAAAGUACGUUGUCAGGUUCUUUAGAUGGGAAAAAAGAUCCUAUGGAAUUCAUGAGAGAAUCAUUAUUGCAGGAGGAACAUUUAUUAGAUUCUAAUGGGCCAUCUAUAUCUACUGUACUGCAGUCAUUUCAUGAGGCACUAACGCAAAUGUAUGAAACUCUGAUGAGAUGUGAAGAUCUCUACGUGGAGCAACAGGAAACUGUAGAAAAGGAAGGAGAGAAGGCAAGUGUAUUAGCUGCGGCUGCAGAGGAUGCUGUUAAGGUGUUAAGAAACUGGCCUUUUGAAUCUAAAGAAAGUUUAAAAAUAAAACCAAAAGAAGAAAAAGAAAAAAUAAAUGAAGUGGAUUCAUUAGCAAAUAGUUUGAGUCGAGAAAGUGUAAUGGCUGCUAAUACCCUCUCACAUUUGCGGAGUAUAUUAAAUACGGAAACACUUUCACUAAGUAGAUCAUGUAAUAGUAGUAAUUCCUUUGAUUCACAUAAUGACAAACUUGUAGUUGAGCAAAAACCUAUUAUUAUGUCAUAUGAUGAUCUUGUGAAUACUGUUAAACAUUUACAAGAUUCUCAUAAAGAAUUGGGUGAAGCUUACGAGAAAAUUUACAUGGAAUUUCGACGCUAUGCCCCGGAUUCAUCUCUUGAAUCUAUUGCUAACAACAGCAGUACGACUAGCUACAGUAAUAACCAUAAUAAUAGCCGCGCCAAACAUGUCACUUUUGUAGAGCCUUCUAAAAGUGAGAAGGAAGAUAUAAUAAAGAAAACUGAAUUAGUUGUUGAAGCUGUUCGAAAACAUAUUCAAAAUAAAGGAAAAGAAGUAAAGGUACUUCGUGGGGCAAUGCGAAAAGGUAUUGAAGCUCUUGGUGGUUCUGCUGAUGACUUGGAAACAGAUGAUGAGAGUGUAGAAGAUGAGAAGAGUGCAGCGAAAAGUGCGGCUAUUGGAUCAAAACUCAGUUUACUAUGUAAUGAGACUGGUGAAGCUAUUAAAGAUGCCAAGACGGUAUUAGGUAUUUCAGAAGAAGGUAAAUUAAAACUUUCUGAUAUGAUUCCAAACCUUAAAGAUAAAAUGCAAGAACUGGAGCAUGUAAAAACAGAAUCUGAAAUACUAAUGAAAGAAGUACAUCAUGUGCUAAGUGGAGAUUCAACACAGCAAACAGUAAGUCUUCUACGAAAUUUAAAACCAAAGCGUAAACCCAUGGCAUUAUUCGUAUCAAUGGAAGAACCAAGCCAUAGUAUUACAAGAUCUCUUAGACUUGAAUCUACAGAAAUAGGAUCACCUCUUACAUCUCAAAAUAAUUUGAAACCAGGAGAUCUUAUAAAGGAAUUACGUAAAGAAAUAUAUAAAAAGAGUGGAGAAAUAAAUGAUUUACGUGAUGCAUGUAGAUUAAUUAUUAGUCUUCUUGAUGGAACGUAUGUUUCUGAUACUGAACCACCACAGUAUGGUGAAAUGCUUGUACCACUUCUCAUUACUCAAGUUGAAGAUUUAAAACGUUCACGUAAACAAAUAGUACAUAUUAUCUCGGAUGAUAUUUGUAAUAGUAGUGUUGGUAAUCAACUGAUAACAUUGGCAUCACAGGUGGAGUCUUUGCGUUUAGGAAAUAUUUCACUAAAAGAUGAACUUGAUCAAGGUACCAAACAGAGAUCUCACUUUAUGAAAGAUUUCACAAAGGAGAGUACCCAACUCAAAGAACUGAAUACCAAAUUACAGAAAAAGUUAGAUGAGAUGGAAAAACAAUCUCAAACGCGAGAACAGGUUCGACGAUUAUGGGCAGAGAGAGUCGUGGAAUUAAUGUCGCUGCGAACCGUAAAAGAAGAUAUGCGGCGUUGGUUCUUAUUAUGGUUGGGACACAUUGCGGUUGUGCGGGGAACAGCCGUGCAGGGGGCCGCUGAUGUGGAGCGGAAAUUAUCUCUUGAGAUUGUGCGGAAACAACAUCAACAAAACCUCCUCGCCACUGUACUCGCCAGAGCCUUGCAGGCACUACCAGGUGAGGUGCAUACAUUAGAUAUAUCAUCUAUGGAUCUUAUUUGUAUGGUGGAAACAGAUGGAAAAGAACUUGAGACUUUUGUGGAAAAACAUGUAAAUGCCGCACAGGUUUGGUUCCGUAGAGUGAAUACAACACUCCCAACAGUCAUCGCAGCUCUUCGUGCAGAUACCGUUGCCCUUCGAGAGAAAAUCACCACCGCAUGGAGUGAACAGCUCUCUUUAGGGUAUCGUCCACUCUUGAGAGAGGCUUAUAUAUCCCUCACAGCGACGGAUGAGAAGGAUAGAGAGAUGGAGUUUCUGCGAAAACGUGUCCUGGAUCGUGAGGCGUUUGCACGUGCUAAUAAAGAGUUGGCGGGGGAACUUGUAGAGAUAAAGGAUCAGUUAGCACUCGCACAGGAACAUAUUAUUGCGCAGAAUGAUAAGAUUAACAAACUACAGCAGGAGAACAGAGAUUUUCAUCUGAAUAACGUGAUCCACGAAAAUACAUACAAUGGCAAUAGCAAUGGCAAUAAUAAUAAUAAUAAUAAUAAUAAUAAUAAUAAUAAUAAUAAUAAUAAUAAUAAUAAUAGUCAUCAUAAUAUCUCUGGUGUAUCGAAUAAUCACCCAGACCGUCUUCGUGAAAACGCGGACGCCAAACGCGCCAUGAUCGCUGGAGCAAAACGGUUAGCGUUGGAGGCCAUUAACGCUAUUUCAGGAAAAGACUUGGCGAUGUGCAUUGGAGAAGUAGCUGAACUUACACUGGAUAUGUAUCGCCGCACCACUGCCGCACUUGGGGAUAUUUGUGAUGCUUGGCAGAUGACUCCAAAUAUGUUUUCUGAAUUAAUACAGUUGCGAUUGCAGGAACUUCAGGCUUUACAUGAUCUGCGGAAUGAUAUUGUGGCACGUCUACCUGAAUUGCUCCGUAUACCGUACAUUGACUAG